UCGUGAGAAAAAACUAAGAUGGCGUCUCGUCAAGAAAGAUAGGAUGGCCUGAGGAGAGUGUUAAUGUUUGUCGGGAAAUGAUUGAUAACGAUAUAGUUGAUGAAGUGUGAAGCUCUCGUACACUCUGAAACGAACCUUUUCCAUCAAUGCUCAGCUCUUCGUCUGUUUGACAGAGUGGAAUAUAUGGAGAAGUGAGGUUGAAAACGGUCAACUUUGCUAGCGACCGUAGCUAGCCAACUGGACCGAGCACAGCUGGCCAACGUUAGCUAACCACCAGACAUCACAACAGCAGAGAAAGGAGCGCAGCCACCAGCCCUAUCAUACCCCAGGACAUCGAGGUGUCUUUGGGGCAAUGGAAGGGGAAGAGUUCGUCCCUCCUCCGGAGUGUCCAGUAUUUGAGCCGUCAUGGGAGGAGUUCCAGGAUCCUCUGGGCUAUAUUGCCAAGAUACGUCCAAUUGCAGAGAAAUCUGGAAUCUGCAAAAUUCGACCUCCACCGGACUGGCAACCACCUUUUUCAGUGGAGCUGGAUAGCUUUCGCUUCACACCACGUAUCCAGAGGCUUAAUGAGUUGGAGGCGGAAACCAGGGUGAAGCUCAAUUAUUUGGACCGCAUUGCAAGGUUUUGGGAGAUCCAGGGAUCCUCACUGAAAAUCCCACAUAUUGAAAGACGCAUACUCGAUCUUUUCAGCUUGUCAAAGGUUGUGACUGAUGAAGGAGGUUUUGAGAUGGUCUGUAAGGAGCGGCGCUGGGCACGUGUGGCCCAGAGGCUUGGCUAUCCUACAGGCAAGAACAUAGGAUCUCUUCUGCGCUCCCACUAUGAGAGGAUCGUCUACCCUUUCGAAAUGUUCCAAUCUGGUGCCAGCCUGCUGCACUGCAAGCCAAAGCAUUAUGACGGAGAGGAUGUGGACAAAGAGUAUAAGCCCCACUCGAUCCCCCUGCGGCAGUCUGUCCAGCCGUCCAAAAUGAGCAGCUAUGGACGCAGAGCGAACCGUUGCCAGCCUGAUGGUCCAGAGGAUCUGGCCCCACAUCCUCUCACCACUGGCUCUCAACUCAUCUCUGCGCCUGAACCUACAGAGGAAGAUAUAGAGAAGAACCCAGAGCUCAAGAAGCUGCAGAUAUAUGGUGCAGGGCCUAAGAUGAUGGGACUUGGACUAGUUGCUAGAGACAAAGGCAUGAGGAAGAAAGACGAUCUGCCUCAGACUGUUACCGUCAGGGAUAAUGUGUCUUCUGGUCCUGGUGAUAUCUCAGUCAAAGGGGAGCCACUGGAGUCUCAGGAGAGGGGGAUUGAAGAAAGCACAUCAAGCCCUCAACUGCCUCCCUCUAGCAUCACAGUCAAGGCAGAAGUAAAGAAGGAAGAACCAGGGGAAGAGUAUAAGAAACACAAAGAUGAGGAGGAGGGUCCUUGCACCAAAAUGACCAUGAGGCUUAGACGCAACCUCAACAACCCGCAGUGUGUGGACUCUUUUGUUUGUCGUAUGUGUGGUCGUGGAGAUGAUGAUGAGAAACUCCUGCUGUGUGAUGGCUGUGAUGAUAACUACCACACCUACUGCCUACUGCCCCCACUCACUGAUCCACCUAAAGGCAACUGGCGGUGCCCUAAAUGUGUGGCUGAAGAAUGCAAAAAGCCUGCAGAAGCAUUUGGCUUUGAACAGGCCACACGUGAAUAUACUCUGCAGAGUUUUGGGGAAAUGGCUGAUGCUUUUAAAGCAGAUUACUUCAACAUGCCUGUCCAUAUGGUUCCCACUGAGCUUGUGGAGCGUGAGUUCUGGAGGCUUGUCAGUAGUAUUGAGGAAGACGUGACUGUUGAGUAUGGAGCAGACAUACACUCCAAAGAGUUUGGCAGUGGGUUCCCAAUGAACAAUGGCAAGAGGAAGCUCACAGAGGAGGAGGAGGAAUAUGCUCGUUCUGGCUGGAACUUGAAUGUGAUGCCGGUGCUGGAGCAGUCACUUCUGUGUCAUAUUAAUGGUGACAUCUCUGGGAUGAAAGUUCCCUGGCUCUAUGUCGGCAUGGUGUUCUCUGCUUUCUGUUGGCACAUUGAGGAUCACUGGAGUUACUCCAUUAACUACCUGCACUGGGGUGAACCCAAGACUUGGUACGGCGUUCCCUCUGUGGCUGCAGAGCGAUUGGAAGAAGUGAUGAAAAAGCUCACACCAGAGCUGUUUGAGUUUCAGCCAGAUCUUUUGCACCAACUGGUCACCAUCAUGAAUCCCAAUAUCCUCAUGGCUCAUGGUGUACCGGUUGUGCGCACAAACCAGUGUGCUGGUGAGUUCGUUAUCACCUUCCCCCGAGCUUACCACAGUGGCUUCAAUCAGGGAUACAACUUUGCUGAAGCUGUCAACUUCUGUACUGCAGACUGGCUGCCUGCUGGUCGGUCCUGUAUUGAACAUUACAGGCGUUUAAGGAGGUAUUGUGUGUUCUCCCAUGAGGAGCUCACCUGUAAAAUGGCUGCUUGCCCAGAGAAACUCGACCUGAACCUGGCUGCAGCUACCCACCGGGAGAUGUUUAUUAUUGUCCAAGAAGAGAGGAAGCUGAGGAAGGGUCUGAUGGAAAGGGGCAUCACUGAAGCAGAGAGGGAGGCAUUUGAGCUGUUGCCUGAUGAUGAAAGACAGUGUGAUAAAUGCAAAACUACAUGCUUCCUUUCUGCUCUUGCCUGCUCAAACUGUCCAGAGCGGCUGGUGUGUCUCUAUCACACUCAGGACCUGUGCAACUGCCCCACUGACAAACUCUACCUCAGAUACCGAUACACUCUGGAUGAGUUGUUAGCCAUGUUACAUCGAUUAAAGGUUCGAUCUGAGUCCUUUGAUUCCUGGGCCAACAGAGUAAAAGAGGCACUGGAGCAGGAAGAGGGGAACAAGAUUGUGACCGAUGACCUGGAGAUGCUCAAGAUGGAAGCUGCAGAAAAGAAAUUUCCAGACAACGAGCUUCUCCGCAAACUCAACACUGUUCUUAAAGACAUAGAGCACUGCCAAAGGACAAGUACUGAACUUCUCAGUGACUCAGAGAACAGUGAAAGGAAGAUGACUUUGGCAGAGCUGAAGUCUUUGGUGGAGACGAUGCAGAACCUGCCCUGUGUGAUGAACCAGUUGGAGGAAGUGCAGGCUGUUCUGCAGACAGUGGAGGCUUACCAGACCCGAGCUCAAGCACUGGUCAAUGAUAAAGACUGGAGGAGGGACUCUCCUCCACCUGAGCAGUUGCAGACCUUGUUGGAGCAGGGGGGCAAACUGCCUGUUGUGGUGCCAGAGUGUGAAUUGCUUGAAGGCCUGCAGGAGCAGGGCCACUGGCUGGCUGAUGUACGACGUACCUUGGGAACAGAAGGCGGGGAGAGGCAAGAGGUGACUUUGGUCGUGUUGAGGAAUCUGAUGGAAGCAGGCUGCAAUGUGCCCCAGAGUGUGUCUGUAGAGACGGCAAUGGCUGAGCUUCAGGAGCUGCUCACAAUAGCAGAACGCUGGGAAGAGAAAGCACAGAUCUGUCUGGAGCAAAGGCAAAAGCACCCUCUAUCCACCCUAGAGGCAAUAGUAAAUGAAGCCCAGCUGAUUCCUGUUAAGCUGCCCAACAUCUUAGCUCUACAGGGCUGUCUGACCAGAGCACGGGCCUGGGUAACAGAUCUGGAGGAAAUCCAGAAUGGGGAGCAUUACCCAUGUCUGGAUGACCUGGAGGGUCUUGUGGCGAUUGGAAGGGACUUACCUGUAUUUAUGGAAGAACUAAGACAGCUGGAACUGCAGGUCGCUAGCGCUCACUCCUGGAGGGACAAAGCCAGCAAAACCUUCCUGAAGAAGAGCAGUCAACAUAGUCUGCUAGAGGUUUUGUGUCCAUGUGCAAAAAGAAGAGAGAGGCGAGAUGAGACAGAGCCACUGGAUGAUCCAUUGGAUGAUUCAGAUACCAACACUUUGGGCCUCUCUGCUCAGGACCUGAGAGACCCAGCAGCUAUUGUGAUGGCCUUCAAAGAAGGGGAGCACCAGGAAAAGGAGGCAACACUGAAGUUACAGAAAACAAACAUGUGUAAGUCUGGACUUAAUGCUUCAAGUUACAAAGAGGACAAAGAGAAUGGGGAUUGGGACAGCGCCAUGGAGACGGACACAUCCAGCCACUCAGAGAACUCUGUUAAAGAGAAUGGUAACAGUAACCACACUCCUCAGUCUGUGUGUGUGUGUGGUGGGCAGCCCCGUGCCCCUCAGCUCCGCUGCCAUCUGUGUAAGGACUGGUUCCACGGUGGCUGUGUUCCAUUCCCUUCCCUGCUUCCCUCCUCUGAAGUAUCUGUUAACCCCCUCUGCUGGUGGGACUGGGACUCCCGUUUCUUAUGUUCACAAUGCCAGCGAUCACGGCGCCCACGCCUCGAGACUAUCCUGGCAUUACUUGUUGCCCUGCAGAAGCUGCCAGUGCGUCUCCCUGAAGGAGAAGCAUUGCAGUGUCUCACAGAAAGGGCCAUCACCUGGCAAGGCAGAGCUAAGGAGGCACUGGAGACUCCAGAGCUGCAGCAGGCACUUCAGAGGCUGCAAGAACUCAAAGAGACUCUGAGCUGUGAAGGAGACAAAGGGGGAGGUAUGGAAAAGGAACCAGAAGGGAGCUCAGUAAUUGUUUUGUCCGACUCUGAGGGAGGAGAAGGAGAAGAUGGAGUCAUUGAUCUGACAGAAGACAGUCCACAAAAAAAGAAUGCCAAGCCAAGCAACGGCACUCAGGCGGCAUGUGAAAAUGGCGUCCAUAAGAAGUCAAAUGUUACAGGUGUGGGGUCCCUGCUGCCCCUGCUGCCUUUGCUAAAAGGUCAGGUGGUGGAACUCUCCCCAGCCACCAGGGUCCAGCUGGAGGAGCUGCAGCUGGAAGGAGAUCUGCUGGAGGUGUCUCUGGACCAGACACAGACCAUCCACAGAGUCCUUCAGGCUACUUCUGUUCCACCCAGAGAAGCACUGCACACACUUAUUCAGAUUGAGCUUGAAGAGCAGCGGCGAAGCGGCCGCGGACGGACCAAGGACUCCAAAAGGAAGAGGAAGAGCCACAGAGGCGGUGGGGAAGGGGCACCAGCUGGGGCAGUUGAUGCCUCCGAGUCAAAGAAAACCUGUCCUCUUAACCACAGCCCCUCCCCUCAUUUAACGGUCCAGACCCACCCAGAGAUAUUGUGAUAUAGUCCACGCUGGAGCUCUGUUAAUAGGAUAAGUUUGGGACAGAGCAAUGUGUGCCAGAAGACAGUGUCAAGUUAAUGAAAGAUGCAGGACAUUCCCAUGUACCCUGCCUCCCUCCCAUCCCCUUUACUCAUGCAUCACACACUAACAGAGUGAUGACUCCUCCUCUACACUCCAUGUUCUUAUCCUUAACUCCGUCAUAAUCUCACUCAUCUCAUUUUUCAGCCUCACUGUCUUAUUCCAUCUUUAUGCUCCACCUUCCCCCAACCUUUUUCCCUGUGAACAUGUUAGGACUAUGUUGGACCGAUGUGGGACUUACCGUAAUAGGAGUGUCUUUGGUCUUGAGUUGUCUCUGAGGUCAGUCAGUAUGCUAUGUUAUCCCAACUGUAUUAAAUGCUAGUUCGUCUCGGCGCGGGCUGUUGCAGUUUCACUUCACUUGAGCCCACCCGUCGGAGUUGGAGAGACGAUGGGGGGCUUUAUAGACAGAUGUGUUUGGGCGUGAGUCUCGGAGCUUAAGUACAGCAGAACAUUUUGCAGCUGAUCUUAGGAAACAGCACCGUGGUCACACUUUCUUUUUUUAGUUGUAAGGAAUCUUGUGUUUGAUGCUGUUUUGAGGAGACAUGCAUUUUGAAUAAACUGAGAAAAUUUUGGGAAGUGUUAAAAACAGGCAUUCAUGUUUUUGGUGCUACUUUCCCAAAAAUAUCUGUACCUCUUGGCUUUGUCUUUCUCCUUCCUCCCCAUUAUAUUUUAUUUUAUUUUUUUAAGCUUCCAUUCUAUAGACAACAUGUUUUAUUUCUUUCAAUAUGACCUAUUCUUUGUUCUCUCUAAGAUUAAGGUAACUUCACUGUAACUCACUUUUGUCAGUUUUAUUUUGUUCUCUGGGUUCAAAUGAUUAUUAUUAUAUUAUUAUUAUUAUUAUUAUUAUUACUAUUAUUAUUAUAUUAUUGAUAUUGCAGACACACAGUUGUCGUGAGUUUGUGUAUAAAAUUUACAUUUUAAUGUUGCUUUUGUUUCUUUUCACUCUUGUUAGAAAAUAAAAGUUUAGAAUUG